CAUCAAAGUUGAGAGCGAUAUCUAUUCUAAUCUUGCAGCAUCUCCCACAUAUCUUUACACAGACGAUGUCGAAUUGAUGGAGAGAGUAAAUGUCUCUCAAAUUCUUCCAAACCUCAAGUUUUUAACCAAAGGUUAUACGCGCGGAACCACAUGUACCUGUAGAAUGUUGGUCAAUGUUUUGUCAACUUCGAAACCGUUAGUUAGAGGAUCGACAAGAACUUCAACUUUCCAGUUCUUAUCUCUUUUUCCUGAUUUACGAAGUAUCUUUUUGAAUAUUCGUUGCAUUAGAAACGAAGAUGAGGUUUUUUCUGUUUCCGACAUUCACCUGAAUAUCCAAGAUUGUGUCCUUCGUAUUAUCGUAACUUGUGAAUUGCCCCGUAUCAAGCUGAUUAAAAGCGUUAUGGUCGAGUUCCCUAAUUGUUGUUUUAUCCAUCCAAAGUAAUCUACUUUGAACUGACUGAAAUAACCUUGAAAAAUAUGAAAUUUAUUAUGAAAAAACAUUUCUUCUCAUAAAAAUGA